AUGGACAAAUGGUUCGGGGAGAAACGGCUGUGGUUGUUUGGUAAUCAUCUACCGCUCCUACCACGCAGCAAUCUUCCCUUCCGAUGGACGUCCGGCGAAUCGAAAGCGGAAGGAGUAAUCAAAGCCAUCCAAGAAAGAUCACGCGGCAGCAGUAGAAUGGAUCGGUACGAGAAGCUCAGCCGGCUGGGCGAAGGCUCGUACGGAGUGGUGUACAAGUGCCGCGACCGGGAAACCGGGUCACUCGUCGCGGUCAAACGGUUCGUCGAGUCGGAGGACGAUCCGGCCAUACGCAAGAUAGCGCUGCGAGAGAUUCGCCUCCUGAAGAAUCUGAAGCACCCAAACCUGGUGUGCCUGCUGGAGGUGUUCCGGCGCAAACGGCGGCUCCACCUGGUGUUUGAGUUCUGCGAACACACCGUGCUGCAUGAACUCGAGCGACAUCCAGAGGGCUGUCCGGAUAAUCUCACCAAGCAGAUCACGUACCAAACGAUCCAGGGGGUCGCGUACUGUCACAAGCAGGGCUGUCUGCACCGGGACAUCAAGCCGGAAAACAUCCUACUCACGGCCCAGGGACAGGUGAAGCUGUGCGAUUUCGGAUUCGCUCGGAUGCUCAGUCCGGGAGAAAAUUAUACGGAUUACGUGGCGACACGAUGGUACCGGGCACCGGAGCUGCUAGUUGGCGACACCCAGUACGGUACGCCGGUGGACGUGUGGGCCAUCGGGUGCGUGUUUGCCGAGCUGGUCCGCGGCGAUGCUCUUUGGCCCGGACGCAGUGACGUCGAUCAGCUGUACCUGAUUCGGCGGACCCUCGGCGAUCUACUACCUCGGCAUCUGGCCAUCUUCAAUCAGAAUGAAUUCUUUAAGGGUAUAACACUUCCCGUGCCACCGACACUGGAAACACUGGAAGCCAAGAUGCCGUCACGUACCUUAGCAAAUCCGUUGAUGAUGGAUUUUUUGAAAAAAUGUCUCGACAAAGAUCCCGUCAAGCGUUGGUCGUGCGAGCGGUUGGGUUCGCACCCGUACUUCGAGGACUACAUCAGCAAGCAGAAGGAGAUCGAACAGACGAUCACGCUCGAGCAGAAGCAAAACGGUAACCGGGAGCUGAAACCGAAAACGUCCAACACUUCGCUGCCGCAGCUGCCCGGCACGCAGGAAUCACGCGUCCCGCAGAAGAAUCUCUUUCUGCGGUCCGACCACCAUUUGCCUACCAUCUAG